AUGGAGCUACACGAAAUGGACAACGAGACGUUAGACAACCAUUUAAGAUUGUUUUACGCCGAGGUCAAAAACCAAGAUGGGGACGACUACAGCAAGUCGACUCUACUCGGUCUAAGGUAUGGUUUGGAAGGAUAUCUAAACUCUCCAACACACAACAAAGGUAUCACAAUAUCUGGAAACCCAGAAUUUAAGAAGUCAAAUGUUGUCCUCAACGCCAAACUAAAAUCCCUGAAGCAAGGCGGCAAGGAAAAUGUAGGCCUACAACACAAACCUCCACUCGAGCCAGAAGAUCUCCAAAAGCUAAAAACCAGCGGUGUAUUUGAUUGUUCAAGUCCCCUUGGGUUUCUGCGAAACGUGUGGUUCAGUACAGUGUUGUUUUGGUGUCGUCGUGGUCGUGAAGGUCAACGAAACCUAACAAGAGAGAGCUUCGUCUUCGGACAAGAUCCCACCGGCGAAGAGUACGCGACGAUGACACACAGUGAGGCAUCCAAAAACCACCCGGGUGGAAUAAAGGAUAGCGAGAGUUUCCAACAUAUUGGCCGAAUGUACCAGAAAAACGAGGAAAACGACGGAUACAGCGCCUUGAAGUUAUACAUCAGCAAGUUAAAUCCGGCGUGUGAAGCAUUGUUUCAGUAUCCGAAGCGUAAUUGGAAACCAGACGAUAAAACGUGGUAUGAAAAUCGCACUCUUG